AUGGAAACUCUCUUCCCAGAUGGAGAAAAUCUAGAUGUCCAGGCUUUCGAAAGGCUGGCAUAUCUUUCAACGAAUAACACUGCAGAACAAGAAGAAGCAAAUUUAUUAAUUAACGAAUUCAAAAACAUGGAUAAGUCAUGGCUAAAUGUCACGAAAAUACUCGAACAAUCGAAAUCUCCGCAUGCAAAAUUUGUGAUGCUACAUAUUUUUAUUGAUGGAGUGAAAAAGAAAUGGGAAAGUUUAAAUGAAGAGGAACAAAGCUAUUUCAGACAAUAUUUUUUCGAUCUUACGAUAGAUCUAGUUAAUCAAGAUUGUGAACCUUUUAUUGUUUCUCAAGCAAAUAGAUGUUUAGUCGAAAUUCUUAAAAAUGAGUGGCCAGCUGCAUGGCCAUCAUUUAUUCGCGAUUAUAUGAAUGCAUCAAAGAAAACUCCUCAAUCUUGCGUUAACUGUUUGAAGGUUUUAGCAGAGCUCUCCGAUGAUGCGAUCGAUUCUACGACAUUAACUAGCGACAGAACAUACGAAUUACAAGCUGCUUUAUCGCAUGAUGUUGGUCUUGUGAUUGCCCAUGCAGAAGAGAUCUUACAAGCAGGAAAUGAAGAAGCAUCAACUCAAGCUUUAACAACUUUAUCACAUUUCCUUAGAUGGCUCGAAAUAAGUGAAGUAUUAUCGUCAGAUAUCGUUCCUGCCGCUUUAGCAAUGAUCCAAAACCCAGAUUUACGAGAUCCAGCUUUAUCUUGCUUGCAAGCUAUAGCAGAACACCCUGAUUCCGUCGCGAGCAAUGAUUUUAGCGAUUUAUUCGACCAAGUCGUCGGAGCUCUUAACGAAGUUAUCAAUUUUGAAGAAAGUACAAAUAAUUUCAAACUCGCUGAGACAGUUGCAGCAUUUUUAACACUCGACGGAUGCUGCCUAUUACAAGGUGAGAUGCUUGGCGCUCCUACUUUAGCCGUUCAGUGGAUUUUGGAAUUAUCAAAAUCAGAAGAUACGAAAAGAGUAUGCGUUGACUGUAUCGCUGAUCUCACAAGAUACUUUUUCAUGCAGAAAAGCUCUGUUCAACCAAUUCCGUCCCUUUUAAUUACAAUGUUUAGCGAAAUGGUUGAUCAAAUGGAGCAACCGCCUGAUUAUCCACCACGAGAGCUUCAGGAGGCUUCACAGCAAAUACAUGAAAGCAUGAGAGCCGCUUUGAACUAUUUGGCGAAGCUUGUAAAAGAUUAUUGCGCAUCUUUGCUUCUAGAGAAGCUCAAAUCAGCAGAAAAUCCACAUGAACUAUUACGAGUCUGUUGGUCAAUAGCUGCUGUGUCUGGAGCCUUUAUUCCUCCAGUUGAAGAUUCAUUGAUCCGAAAUUGCUUACAAUACUUAUCAGAUCUACUUGAAAAUGGGCAGGGCGGAGCGGAAAUAGCCUGCGCGUAUGUUUAUCUUUGUUCAAACUAUACAAGAUAUUUAUAUAAUAAUAUUGAACAGCUUGGAUUCAUUGUUCAUCGAGCAUUAUCAUUUUGCGGUGAAGAACAUCAAGAAUUACAAGAUGUUUCUGUAUCUUGUCUCAACAGAGUUGCAGAAACUUGUUAUUCUUUGUUAAUUAAGCCAUUUAAACCCGGCCAACCAGCUUUUGUUGAAGAAUUAGUUGAAAGCUCCAACAGCCUAUGCAUGAGCUUGGAUCCAAGCUUAGUUCCGACGUUUUACCAAGCGGCAGCAACAUUAAUCACUCAUACAGAAGAUUCCAUCAAACAGCAGAUGAUAUCAAGGCUUCUUGUUCCUCCUGUAGCUGCCUGGGAAGCUGCUUGUAAGAAUGAUAUCGAUAUUUCCCAAGUUUUAACUCCGAUUGCCGUUUUCUCAAAGGUUAUAUUGAUUUCGGAUACAGCGUUUUAUCCAGAAGUCGAAGGAGUCAUUGCCAAAGCGAUUGAACUCUUGAAUUCUUUGAUAGGAAAUCCGGAUAAAAAUUCUGUAGUUGUAAGAGAAGGAAUUCUUGGUUUAGUUGAAUCAUUCUUUAAAGUACAUGCAGACGCGCAAUGCGUUCCUAGUCUUGUUGAAGUUGUUAUCAAUGAUUUCUUAAAUUCGCCUGAUACUCUCAAGCUUCCGAUAGAUUUGGAUUGCUUUACAACAUUAAUUGGUCAGAUCAUUGAAUUCAACAAAAACGAUCCGAACAAUCAGCUAAAUAUUCCAUUUGAUCCGGAAUUUGUUGAAAAUGUUGUUUUAGCGACCAAAGAUUUGAUAUCAGGCGAAUCCCCUGAAAUCAUUGCAAGUUACGCGAAACUUCUAGGAAAAUUACUUCAAAUUGAGUUUGUAAGGAGUUGCGGUUUGUUUGAAGAGCUUUUAGUUCUUCUCGUUGAAUGCAUUAAGAGACCAGAAGAAAUGAUAUCGAUUUCUGGAUUGGAUGGAUUAUUAGAUUUAUUAGACGAUUGUUCUCAUACUUUGAGCGAUGAAGAUGGUUUCGGAAAGGCUGUACAUACUAAUUUCGGUAAGUUCUUGCUACAGGAAAUGAUGAGCGUCGCUUUGGACAGCGCACACGUUCCAUUAUUUAAUUUGAGUACAAAAGUGUUGAUAAAUAUCAUUACAUCCGCAACAGAUGCUGAACAAAUGAGUAAUUAUAUAAGUGAAAGAGUUAGAGAGGACUUUAAACACGUUUCGGAAGAAAAUGCAAAUAAUUUCGGACAAAUUAUGACACAAACAGCUUCUGUUCCUGCAGAUUUUAGGACGGCAAUAAAGAACUUCAUCAUUUCCAGUAGAAAAACUUCGUCAAAAGCAAGAGCGAUUUAUGCUCAAGUCGAAGACGAAGUUCUUGGCAAUGACAGCAUCGCAGAUACAACGGAUCCAUUGGACCUACCAGAAUUUUGA